AUGUCUCAAUUAUUACGAUCGCUUAAUCUGAAGACAAGAAAUAUAACAGUAAGAUAUUUUAACAAAAUUGUAAUAACCAAUGACGGGUCUACUAUAGUCGCAUUACAUCGUGACGAAGACUUUCCCUAUGAAUUUUCCAAGCCUCUUCCUGAGGAAAAUAAAGAAGAAAACGGUGUUUUAAGGAUGUCUGAUUAUAACGAAGUCAAAAGAGUUUUUAAGAACAUGAAACCUGAAAUGGCUAGAAAGCAAUUAGCUUCAUUAACUUUGACAACAGAACACCGAUGGUUUCCCAGAGCAAGAGACAAGAAAACAAAGAAAAUUGAAAUGAAUAGACCUUUUCUAUAG